AUGAGACAAGCCAUGGAGGAUGGCGUCAGUGAGGUGCUGUCCAGCGUGGUGGAGGAUGUCAGUCAUGCCAUGGACAGAAACAUCAGCGGAGCUCACAUCCUCCACGAGCUACUGAGCGCUCCGUGGCUGCGUGCCGUGCUGAAGAUGUACGAGUGCCUGUUGCACUUCCAAAGAUUGAAUCCCAGCCCCUUUCUGCCUUAUGCCUCAGGACUAUCACAUGAGAUCAUGUCUGCCAUACGGAAGGUCCACUGUCCCUCUGCUGAAGCUCGAGAGCUCUACAGCCUCCUCAUCUCACCUCACAUCCAGGCCCUCCUAUCGUCCCACGAUAGUGUAGCUCAGUCUGACUACGGGCCAGUUUUACCGCCUCUGCCUGAAGAGAUGCCUGAGGAUGAGGAGGCCAUGAGGAUCGUCUGUUUGGUGAAGAACAACCAGCCGCUGGGGGCGACCAUAAGGAGGGACGAGGAGACGGGAGAAAUCUUCAUCGCCAGAGUGAUUCAUGGAGGACUGGCUGACCGCAGCGGACUCCUUCACCCUGGUGAUAUGUUGGUGGAAGUGAACGGGAACCCUGUGGUGGGACUGGAGCCAGAGCAGGUCAUCCAGAUACUGAUAAAUUCCCAUGGAACCAUCCUGUUUAAAGUCAUUCCUAACGCAGCCCAGAGCUGCAGCAGCAGCAGCAGCCAGAAGUCGGUGUACAUGAAGGCAAUGGUGGACUAUUGCCCCCUGCAGGACUUGUCCAUCCCAUGUCCAAAUGCAGGUAUGGCUUUUAACAGAGGUGACCUGCUGGAGGUGGUCGACCAGUCUGACGCUCGGUGGUGGCAGGCCAGGAAGAUGCCCUGCUCUGUUUCCUGUGCCGGUCUGAUCCCAUCUGCCAGCAUGCUGAAAAGUAAACAGAGGGAGCAGUGGUGGAGUCAGCCGUUACAGGUUCAUACCUGCAUCAGACCAUAUGAGACUGAGUGUGACAUCAGUGAGGGCAUCUACCUGCCUGGUUUCCGGCGGAGUUUCCGUCUUUGGAGGAGGACGUCGUUCAGGAGGAGACGACAGUCCUGCACCUCCUGCUCCCCAAACAGCAACACUCUGUGCACUCCGUACGAGGAGGUGGCUCUGUACCAGCGCCCCCCACAGGAGAACCACCGCCUAAUCAUCCUUACAGGAGCUUCAGGAGUCGGAGUUUCUGAACUGAGGAAAAGACUCAUCAAACACAAUCCAACACAAUUUCAAGGACCCACGCCUCACACAACUCGUCCAAUCAGAGCAGUCGAGCAGACGGGCCGAGAGUACCACUUUGUCACCAAAGAGCUGUUUGAGUACAUGGUCUGUAACAACAGGUUCAUAGAGUACGGUGAGUAUAGGAGCCACCUGUACGGGACCAGCAGUGAUGCUAUUGAUGACGUGCUGAGAAGAGGACGGAUGUGCAUCAUCGAUGCUGAGCCUCAUACCAUCCAGGCACUGAGGACAAAGAAAUUUAAGCCUUACGUGAUCUUCAUUAAACCUCCGAGCCCAGACCGCCUAAGACAAACUCGCAGAGAUGCUCGAGUCAUCAUCAAUUACAGCAUCAACAGAGCCUUCACUGAGGAGGACUUCGUGGAGCUGGAGGACUCGUCCCGUCUCUUUGAGCUGAAGUACAAACAAUUCUUCGACAGCAUUCUGGUCAAUGACGUCCUGCAGGACACCUGCCUGCAUCUCUGCUCCAUCAUCCAGGAGGUGCAGGAGGAGCCACAGUGGGUCCCUGUGAACUGGACCCGAACGGAGGACUAG